AACUGUUUAAGGUUUAAGAACCAAACGGAAGCAAAACAAGAGUUUCUAUUGGACAAAUUCAGGUAGGUCCCUCCCCGCUUCGUUCCGUCUGCUUCCUUUUACAAAGAAACGUUUUGCAACCAAAUCUGUGUAAUGAAUACGCCCCUGGUGAUUAUGUUUGUGAUGUGUGUGUGCUGGGCCGAGAGUCAGCAUGAUGCAUCAGUGCGGUCUACUCAUCACUGUGUUCUACUGCCAGCUGUACCUGGCUGCUGCUCAACACUGGAGGAAAGCCCUUUACCCAUCAGCUUUUAGAGUGAAGCGUGGCACACACUCAUUGGUCAACCCCACCUUCCAGAACUCUGUGGAAGAUGUUAACCUGCUGUUUGAGAUCCUGCUGGCAGGCCUGCAGAUCGAGGGUGAGGACAAGCCCUUCGUGAUCCCAGACAUGGAGCUGGCGUCUCUGAGGACGGUCCAAAAGCUGGAGGUUAUCUGUGAGGACGUCCUGCCCAAGAGACUAUCCGAGAUCAAACGUCUGACCUCCCACCUGUCCCAGCGCAGAGGUGCCCUGAGCAGGGAGGACUUUGAGCGCACAGUGCUCACUAUGGUGUACACUGCCCAGACUCUGGCUCAUACCACCUCCCAACACCAAAAGGCACUGUGGGGAGACGCCCUGCUGCAGCUGUUCAGGGCCAUACAAGAAGAUCUGACGCCUCCACCCAGGACACCUCAGCACAACUAGUGUUAUGGACAUGUGGACACAUUCUUUUAGAUACUGUAAUAUACUGAUUAUUUUAUACUGUAACACAAGUCACUUUUUGGCAAAGAAUUUGAAGGAUGUUUUCUAUUGAGUUGUAUUGUAUUAUCAAAAUGGCUGUUCUGAUAAUGUAAUAUGUUUGGUUAUGAUCAAAUUAUAUGAUCUAAUCAUAUUGAAAGGAGGAUGUGGGAAAAGGAGGGAUGUGAACUAUAUCUUGUUCAUGUUCUAUCUACCGGAUUCCGCCUUGUUCCAGGACUUCAGACGUAAUCAAACAUUUUAAAUAUUUUAUCAGUCACUCUGUCAUCGUGAUUCAUACCAGGUCUUUAUCAAAUCUUCUGUCAGCUGUUUAUCACAAUCACAUAAUCUUUCCCCAGCACAGUCCCAUGGCGAAAGGGAGCUUCAUGAAAAAGUUGUCCUAUGAGGUGCAGAAAUAUUGUAUUGAAUUGUAACAUUGCUUUGGAUGAAGACAGGGCUAUCAAUUUGCUCAGCUUAUUUCUCUAAUUGAUAUUAUAAUAAAAUAAUGAUCAAUAUA